CCGCCUCCCCGAUCCGCCUCGCUAUUGGUUGGUUAAGCCGUCAAUCAGCGAGCCGAGCUGUUAUUGGUUAGAAGCCGCGCGGGUGCCGCCCCGGCCGAGCGGGACGGGGCGGGGGCGACCAUGGCGGCGGCGGCGGGGGGCCGGGGCGGCGGCGGUGAGGACGGCGAUGUCCCCGCCGCCACCCGCCUGCAGGCCUACGCCUGGUGCCGGGAGUUCCUGGCCGGCUCCUGGAAGAUCAUCAGCCCGGAGGAGUUCGGCAUCUGGCCGGUCAGCGGGGGGCUCAGUAACCUGCUGUACAAGUGCGCGCUGCCCGAGCACAUCCCGAGCGAGGGGGACGAGCCCCGGCAGGUUCUGCUGCGCGUCUACGGGGCCAUCCUGCAGGGCGUGGACUCGCUGGUGCUGGAGAGCGUCAUGUUCGCCAUCCUGGCCGAGCGGGCGCUGGGGCCGCGGCUCUUCGGCGUGUUCCCGCAGGGCCGCCUGGAGCAGUACAUCCCGAGCCGGCGGCUGCGCACCGAGGAGCUGCGGGAGCCGCGCGUCUCGGCCGAGAUCGCCGCCAAGAUGUCGCGGUUCCACGGGAUGGUGAUGCCCUUCAACAAGGAGCCCAAGUGGCUCUUCGGGACCAUGGAGGGGUACCUGCAGCAGAUCUCCGAGCUGACGUUCCCGGAUCAGGCACAGCUGGAGCAGCUGGAGCAGCUCCGGGGUUACAACCUGGAGCAGGAGAUGAGGAGCCUCAGGGAGCUGCUCGAGGCCACCCCAUCCCCGGUGGUUUUCUGUCACAACGACGUGCAGGAGGGGAACAUCCUGCUGCUGGCGGGGCGCGAGGGCUGCUCGGACCAGCUCAUGCUCAUCGACUUCGAGUACAGCAGCUACAACUACAGAGGUUUUGACCUGGGCAAUCACUUCUGCGAGUGGGUUUACAGCUACAGCCACGACUCGUGGCCGUUCUUCCGGGCGCGGCCCGAGCACUACCCGAGCCGCCAGCAGCAGCUCCAUUUCAUCCGGCACUACCUGGCGCAGCAGCGCGGGCGGCGGCGGGAGGAGGAGGAGGAGGAGGAGGAGGAGGAGGAGGAGGAGAUGCUGCGGGAGAUCGACCGCUUUGCUCUGGCCUCACACUUUUUUUGGGGUCUCUGGUCCAUGGUGCAGGCCAAGAUCUCCACCAUCCACUUCGGUUACCUGGACUACGCCCAGAGCCGUUUCCAGGCUUACUUCCAGCACAAGGCUCGCUGCUCCUGAGGGGUCCCCCAAAAUUCCCGACCCCCCCCCCGGCACUUUGGGGGGGCUGUUGGGACGGUUGGGGGGGUUGAUAACGGUUUUGGGGGGGGCACCACAACGGUUUUGGGGGGGCCGCGCCCCCCCCGCACCCCAGGACUCGGCAGCAGAGGUGGGACCCCCCCGGGAAGGGAUGGGUGGGAUUUUGGGGUGGGGGGUCCCCAAAUCCGCACCCCUGGCCAGUAACGGGGUUUUUUGGGGGGUUUUUUGGGGGUUUUUGGGGUGUCGCAGAGGGGGUGGGGGGUGCUGUUUGUACCUCAUUGCCCCUCCCCCCCCCCCGCAGCUCUGGGGCCGGGGGGGCUCGCGGGGCCCCCCCAAAUUUCGACGGCAGAAUGUAAAACUCAGACCAAUAAAGCCGCGCUGGGGCCGGCGCUUCAGUUCUGCUUCCC